ACUAAAAAUGCACCAAAUACCCUUGAACAAAUUAAAACGUUGCAUCGUUGGUCGUAAACUAUUAGAUAGAGAGGGCGUUGCUUCCACGCACAAGAAUUGUGAAUAUCAUUCAUCUGACCCUUGUGAAUUUUCCAAAAUAUCUUUACCCAAAAUUGUCAUCUUUAUUUAAAUGUUCAGGAGUAAACCUUACAAUUUUCGAAGAGUUCAGAGCUACCGAUUCACACACACACACUCUCUCUCUCUGUAAACCCCAAACGCCAUUUUCGACCAUACGCCAAAAACCUUUUCGUCUCUCCGAUUCCAUUUCGUCUCCUCCAUAAAAGGAGUUGAAAAGCACUUCCAUGGCCGCCCCGAGUUGAAAGGUCUUGUUCCCGACACACAGCGGCGUCGUCGGUUGGUCGGCGAUGCUCGGCACCCUCUGUGCGCGCCGCCCCAAGCCGUGGCUUUCGGCGACGCUUUCGCUGUACCGUGCCCGCUGCUCGACCGCGGCGGUGCGCAAUCGACUGUCCGGAAGUCCAAUUCGGCCGGUUCUAGUCCACUGCGACGGUCCGCGGCGGCUGCGCCACUCCAAUAGUUGUAGAUUCGGAAGCGUCGCGGCCGAACGUGGGGGAAGUAGGUCGGCGGUGUUUCACCGCCGCGAUUGCCAGCUGGGGAAAGUGGUGGAAGGGUCCUGGAAUGCGAGGCCGGCGCGGUGGCUGCGGAAUCCAGACUCAGCCUUGCUCCUUUUCGGCGGCUGCCCCUGCUGGGCUGCGCCGCCCCUAAUCGAUCUCUCUGAUUCCAAUCCUGAGGCAGCCGUCCCCUCCGCAGGCCAAGCUGAUAAAAUUAGCUCCGAUUCAUCCGGCCACACCCCGUCCAAUUACAGAGUCACAGGUGUUGCAGCGGAUGGGAGAUGUUUAUUUAGAGCCAUAGCACACGUGGCUUGUUUGAGAAGCGGGGGAGAAGCUCCUGAUGAGAAUCGCCAGAGGGAAUUGGCUGAUGAGUUGAGAGCUAAUGUUGUAAAUGAGCUGCUGCAAAGGCGAAAAGCAGCUGAAUGGUUCAUAGAAGGAGAUUUUGAUGCAUAUAUAAAAAGUAUUGAGAAGCCAUAUGAAUGGGGUGGUGAGCCAGAGCUGCUAAUGGCUUCUCAUGUCCUCAAGACACCGAUAUCAGUUUACAUGAUAGAUAAGAUCUCGAAAAGUUUGAUUAACAUUUCAAGUUAUGGCGAAGAGUACGGAAAGGCGGGAGAAAAUCCCAUCAAAAUUCUCUUUCAUGGCUAUGGUCACUAUGACAUAUUGGAGACCGAUACGGGCUCGUAAGGUAUAAAAAAUGGACAGGGUGAGGCUACACAUUUACAGAUUACAGAUCAUUCAUUCAUUCAUUCAUUACAUGAAGAGAGGUUGGUAAGCAUUUACCAUAAUAACCAACUAAAAUUUGGAUUUAAAGUAAAUCCAAGUUUUAAAAUACUCAAAUUCUUCGAGGCUUAAUUCGUUCAUUGUUGCAAUAAGAUUAUCUCAACAGAUAUGAUUUGACAAAUUUGUAGAAUCGUUUUUCUGUUUCGAGUUCGCAUUUAGAAAAUCGGAAGUUUUGAACUUGAAGGUGUUUGUUUAUGCUAAUAAAACACACUUCUCUGG